UAAAAAUCAUUCCAACAAAAGGCCCAACUUUUCAGUAGUUAGACAAUAGUGACAGCUUGGACGGUUAACAUAUUGGCGGACAAUUUUUUAAUAUCGGUUAAGAAAAAAUUUGAAAAUUCAAUUUUAAAAUCAUGUCGAUGAUUUUUAAUGCUUUGUUCGGAGGAUUUAUCGUGUUGUUGUUUUACUUUCUUUGGUCAAGGAGAAGGUUUUAUUAUCUUUUCUAUCAAAUGCCAGGACCAGCAGGAUAUCCAAUUGUUGGAAUGGCACACAAAUUAACAAAACGGGAAGAAAUUCUACCGAUAUUUUUAAAAAUGGAAAGAAUAUACGGCCGAAAAUUUCUCUCCUGGCUGGGACCAUUUCCAUUUUUAGUUGUUGCCGAACCAGAACUAGCUGAAACAAUUCUAACAUCACCCGAUUGUAUAAACAAAGCUUUUAUUUAUGAUGCAUUAGAUGAUGGAACAGGAAGAGGACUAUUUAGUUUGAAACAUCCUGUAUGGAAUCAUCAUAGAAAACUACUUAAUCCAGCAUUCAGUCACAAAGUUCUUUUAAGUUUUUUGCCAAUAUUUAAUCGAGAAGCUGAUAAUUUAAAUAUUGAUUUAAAUGAAGUUGUUGGCGCUGGAGAAGUGGAUAUAUCAACGAUUAUACAAAAGUGUACUUUAAAUGUAGCAGCACAAACUACAAUGGGUCGACAAAUGGCAAAUGUCAAAGAUCACAACGACGACUUACUUCCUUGUUUUCAAAGCAUUUUAGAAACAAUGACAAGUAUGUUAUUCUCACCAUGGUUGAGAAAUAAGUUAUUCCUGAAAAUGACAAGUCACUAUCCUUUAUACUUGAAGUCGAAGAAUAACUUACGUAGUUUUAUUCAAAAUUUAAUCAGUGAAAAAUUGGCGCAAAAUGAAGCAGAAUCAAACAAAGAUUAUCAGUCAAGCUCCGAAACAGAUGUUGAUAUUAGAAAAAAUCCCAAUAUUUUUAUCGAUCGGGCUAUUGAUUUGGUCAAAACGGGAGAUUUUACAUGGAAAGAAGUUGAAGAUGAAUCGAAUGUUAUAGUUUUUGGAGCCUUUGAAACAACAUCAAAUACAGUUGGCUACACUUUAAUGCUGCUUUCAAUGUUCCCAAAAUAUCAAGACAAAGUUUAUGAUGAAGCUCAAUCGAUAUUUCAAGCCAAAGGUUCUGACACAGAUUUGACAUAUGAAGAUACCCAACAAAUGACCUAUUUGGAUAUGGUUCUUAACGAAACUAUGCGUGUGAUGGCACCAGUUCCGGUUAUUGCCAGAGAAACAAUGCGCGAUGUAACACUACCGAAUGGUAUUGUAUUACCAAAAGGCUUACAAGUUGCUAUCGAUAUAUUCAAUAUGCAUCGUGAUCCAGAGUAUUGGGGUCCGGAAUCAACAACAUUCAAUCCUGAUAAUUUCCUCCCAGCAAAUAUGGCGGGUAAACAUCCGUAUACAUUUAUUCCGUUUACCAAAGGCUUGAGAAAUUGCAUUGGUUGGAGAUAUGCUCUUAUUUCAUCAAAAAUUAUUUUAUCAAAACUUCUACAAAAAUACCGUUUCACAACGCAAUUUGAUUUUCGAGAUUUACAAUUUGUUGAAGACAUUACAAUCAAACUUAGAAAAUAUCCUUUGUUAGAAGUGCAUUUACGUGAGCAGUGAAUAAUAUCUCUCAUCAGCGAUAACAGUUCUAAGUCAAAAAUAACAUUAUUAUAAUUUUUUGUAUAUUUAAAUAUGUUUUUAAAAUAUUUGUGAUAUAUGUAUUUAGUUUUAAGCCUGAAAUAGAAAAAUGUCAAAGUAAGCUUUGACAUCUUGCACAUGUCUCGGAAU